AUGUCGAGAGGGCCCAUCUGCUCCGUCGCGGAGACCCCCGAGCAGGCUCGCGGGGAGCUCGCCGUGCUGCUCCGGGCUCGCCCGGGAAUCGAGGAGGCCCUGGGCUGCCAAGAGGGGUGCGCCGACAGGCAGCUCAUCUCGGAGUCCCUCCUCAAGCACGACUCGCCUUUCGCGCUGCUCCGCUCCUUGGGUUUCGACUCGGACACCGCCUCCGUCGCCGCGUGCUUGCUGAAGGAGGCCAGGCUGACGCCCAGGGUACGCGACCUCGCUCGCAGCAUAGAGGCCAAGCUGUCGGUGGCGCCGCGGCCGCCGCCUAGCAGGGCCCUGGGGAGGCGGAAGAGCGACAUGGCCGACGUCCAGGACCUCGCCUACGACUGGCGUGCGGUGGCGCCGCACGGCGGCGUCGCGCCGCCGGCGGAGCGCGCCGCCUCGCGCGCCGCGCCGCGGGCGUGCGGGUUCCACCUGGGGCAGGCCGUGCGGGUCGCCUUCGCCGAGGGCGGGCUCUGGAUCUCUGGGGUCGUGACCUGCGUGGAGCCGCUGGAGGUGCAGCCCAGUGGGGCCUCGGAGAGCUUCGAGUUUGCGUGCGUGGAGGCCAUGUGGGUCGACGGCGACGCGGUUGCCCAGCCUGACGCCGACGAGGGUGCCGGCAGGUGCGCUUGCGGCGCCGCGUCCAUGGACAUCGACCUCAUGGCGUUGGAUGCGGCGAAGCUGUGCCUACAGCAGGGGAUGCCGCAAAUGGCAAAAAUGUUUAUCGAUAUGGUCAGUGUCGCCAGCGCCAAAGCCGGGCCCGAGACAGCGGAGGAGUGUCUUCUGAAGAGGAGUUGCGCCGAUGAGAACGCCAAGAUGUUAGACUUGCCGAAGCUAUCCGUGGUGCCGAUGUCGAUUCAGGGGAUGGCCAGCAUCGUGGAUGAGGAGGCAACGGCAGAGAAAGAGGCGGGCACGACUCCUCUGCUGGCCCACAAGCCAGCCGAGCUCGACUCGCGUCAGCCCAAGUUCGCGCCGCCAUCGAAGGACGGGGCGGCUGGCACCGUCGGCGACGAGGGCGCUCUGAGGGCCGAUCUCCCCAAGGGCUGCAUGGACAGCUUUGACGCGCUGUGGUUUUCUGGUGCAUGCGGCGCGAUGCUGCCGUCGCCGAAGGAUGAGCACAGGCUGGCGAGGCCUGGGUGGCUCUCGUGCUGCUGCGCGCGCUGA